GGUUCCUAUUGUGUUACACUUCCAUGUUUUUCACCUCAAACUGUAACUGUAAUGCACAGCACAAAGGACAGAACUGUUACUGCUGGCUGAAUCCUCUUGUGUAGAAAGUUGGUUUGACGGUCGUCACGUCUGAAAGGUUGCAGCCAGCGGAGGUGCUGACCCCGGGGGGAGACAUGGCGAACUGUUUGGCUUUCCAGAGCAAGCUAACCUCGAUCAUGGAGAUGCUAGCUAAAGCUGCCGUGUUAGAAAUUAGCAAACUGUGGGAGGACGGCUUCACUCUCGUCCAGGUCGAGCUUCGAAGGAGAGAGAACGAAAUUGAAGCGCUAAACAGGAAAUUAAAGUUGAUGGAGAACGAGCGUUUAACGGUUCUGUCUCAGGUUCAGACUACAAAUCCGUCCUCAUCUUCGUCCAAAAGAGAGCAGCAGAACAAGCUGCUGCCUCCUACAAGUGAAGGGCCGGUAAUAGAUUCAGUCCAGACGUUGUCUUCUGAUCAGAGUGUCAGAGAGACAACGGACACUUCCACCAAUCAAAGUACACCCCCACCACCACCAGCUUCACAGACAGAGGAGAGAGAGAGCGAGCAAAUCAGGUCUGAACAGAGUGAGAACGACCGUCGAGACAGUGAUGAGGAUUUAAUUGUCAAGCUUGAAGAUGAGGACGACGUGCAGAUUGUGGAGCAGGUGGUGGUCUCUGGUCAGAGUAUCACUGAUGGAGCAGGUCACCAUGAGAUGGAUGUGAACCUCCCACCAGCAGAAGUUGUGGAUGAGCAGGAGAGCCAGCAGUGGUCGCUGGUGGCAGUAGGAGACGGAGACGCUGCUGAUGACUCAGACUGCUUUUUAGAACCAAAGCAGCUUUCACAAAACCUGGACUCUGAAAUCCUGCUCAUUCAGAACGCGUUGGACAUUUUCGAUAACUCAGGAGAGACGGCAUGCUCAGACAGGUUUGGGAGAGACUGUGGACAAAGUGCAUCAAGUAAAGCAAGGACUCCUGUGACUUUUAACCAAGCUCAAUCAGUUCAGCCUGUAGAAGCAAUAAAUCACCCAGAGAGAGGAGUGUCUAUCAGAAUCAACAAACCACACUCUAAAAACUUCUCAGCCUUUAACCCUGACCGCAGAUUCUUUCUCUUAAACGACCCUGAGCUGCACAAAACUAUAUCAAGUCGUCCGAUCAGGGAGAAAUGGUUCAUCUGCCCGUUCUGUGGGAAAAGCUUCGACCGAAUUAGCCAUCUGCAGAUUCACCAGCGCAUUCACACGGGAGAGAAACCAUACACGUGUGACACAUGUGGCAAGAGCUUUUCACAGAGGAGCAACCUUCGCACUCACCAGCGGACUCACAAAGAGACUCCGGUCCCAAACGCUGUUUGACUCAACAGUCUGAAGAAUGACAGCACUCGGUGGCAUUCAUAUUUAGUUUACUAACUAAUUCUCAUGUACUCUGAGAUUAAAAAACAGUAAUGUAGCUGACUGAUUUUACUGUGCACUCCAGUAUUUUAGGAUUAAUUUUAACUUUGACAAAGCUUUGCUUUGAAACUAAAUUAGGUACUUAUGUAAAUCCAACGAGGAAGGAGAAUUAGGUACAUUCAGCCCUGGUGAUAUGGCUUGAUAAUGACCUUAUCAGGUAGUAUAAAAAAUGACAAUAAUCAGGCUCUAGUGUUAUUCAGACUGGUGUGAUUUAGGAUUUGAUGGUUUUUGAGGCUGCAGAUGCUCCAGUGUCCUGAAUCAUUGCUUUUUAUCAUGCAGUGUCCAUAUUUUGGGUUCAAUUAACUUAAUGCAAGUAAAGCAACAAAACAAGCAACAACAGAUUUCCCUUGACAGAAUGGAGCAAUUAAAGAACUCCUGCUAUCUCCAGAAUGCUGCUGAAACUGGACUUUUUUGUGCCAGGCUUCCUUUUGAAAGUGGAAGUGAAAAAUAGUUUAGAAAAGAAAAUAAAGUGCUCACUUCUCAUUUCAUAAUUCAUAAAUUUUGUCUGUAUCAUUUAUAGCUGUCAGUACAACAUUCAAAAGUCAGUUUCUUCAGCAAGGGAUCUUCAGGUGCUUCGUGGAUUGUGCAAGAUUGAUUUUUGUUGUUGGUUCUCUUCCUAUCAUCUAGUAUUGCCCUUCUUAAAUGAAAGAGCUGCAUUUGAAAGGAACAGUUAACUUUUUCAGAAGUCUCUUAAUUAUUCCCCACUGUUUAAGUUACACAUUUAACACUAAAACCAGUUCACAGUUAGUCCAGUUUAGCUUAGAUAACCAUGAACAAGGAAGCAACAAGCAUGGCUCUAGUUCUAGAUAUUCACUAGUUAGAUUGAUAUGAAAGAGCUCAUCACAUAGCAUCUGUAGAUACACAAGUUAGCAUUUUUUACUUGUUAGUUUGUGUGCAAUUAAAACAGCUUAUUAGUGAGCAUAUCAGGCUCUGAGGCUCUGUUAAUCAAAGACAGGGGGAUGCCCUGCUGGUUGCUUGAUGUGCAUUCAGGUGCCAGUAGGUGUGGCUGUGUCAUCAUGGAUUGAGUACAUGUGGGCCCAGUGUUCAAACCAUCCCUUUCCUACACCCCUUAUCCCAUUCAGGGAUAAGGGGUGUAGAAUUUUGGCUGAGCUUUGGUCAAAGUAGAAAGUGACAGCUAAUUAAGAGCCCAUUGACUGCUUGGUUGCAAGCUGUCACUGGUCGCCAGUCAAUCUCAGGUCUUAUAUAUAGAGACAAACAACCAGGCAUGCUCACAAUCACACCUACAGCCAAUUCAGUCACCAAUUAACCUAGCAAGCAUGGUUUUUGUGGUUGGAGAAAGCCGGAAAACCCGGAGACAGCCCAUGCAUGCACAAGGAGAACAUGCAAACUCUGCACAGAAAGGCCUUGACUGGCAAUUGAACCGCCGCUGUGAGGCAUCAGUGCUAAGCCCUGUGCUGCCGUGUAGGCUGGCCUGGUGUUCCCAGUCCAUAAAAUCAGGCCCCACUUGCUCAUUGUUGGGAUACAAGAGAAGGACAGCUACAGCUCUCCUCUAAGCCAUUCUCCACAUUUCCUUAGUUUUAUAUCACAACUCAUGAACUAAUGCAGUUCAUGCUUGUUUGAAAGGUUAUUUCAAUUUUACUUUAAACAAAUCCAAUAGAUUUGUGUUGUCAUUGGCUUUAAGCUGGCUGUGACAAAUUGGGGGCUCGUCCGGGAUAGUUUAAAUACAGCCACUGUCACCUGAAACACAAAGUACAAGAAGCAAACAAGCAUCAUCAGUCUUUAGACUAAGAUAAGCUACGCUAAGCUAAAGUGGCUGUGAUUUAAGGCAGUGGCUUCAACCUUUCUCCUUGAAUCUGAAAAAGGCUUUAUAUUGUUAUAAAAAUUUAACUGAAAGUUUGACCACAUGAGUUAUAAACCUGUCUGAUGUCUGGUUAACUGUUUUGACUGAGAGACAUCAAUUUUUAUAGUUUUAUCUGCAGACCUUUGAAGAAACUAUCUUUUACCCCCUGAAAUCUUUGACAUCCCACUAAGAGGGCCUGGAUCCCUGGUUGGAAACCAAUGAUCUUAUCAUAUGAGAAAUGCGUCAGUUUUGUAAUCCAUUGCUCUGGACGACACUGAAAGUUGAUUUUACCAAAUCCCAAAGCAGUCAUUUCAAACACUUUUUCACUUUAUUGACAUUACACUUGUAGGGAUGCACAGUAUUUGCAUGAUAUCGGUAUUGGCAGAUAUUAGGUUAGACAGUAAAUCAGCAAUAUCUUGAGAUAUAAUUUUUUUCUGAUAUUUACAACUGAUGGAUUGGCUGUAUGUACGACUAAGUUUUUGCAGUUUUAGAUAGGAUGGACAGACGUUCUUUUCUUAGUUCAUCCUUUGAACUUUUAGGUGUGUAGUCAGGACUUAAGUUUACAUCUGAACUAUAUUUACUGUAUUGGCUAAGAUUAACCUCUAAAUAUCUACGUAUCAGUUAUCGACAAAAUUCAAUACUGUGCAUCCCUAGUUUUUCACUCUUGCAGUGAAGCAACAGGACCAGGAAAUCACUUCAGCCUAAAAAAAUGGCUAUGUAAUUGCAGCAGCUGUGAUCAACUUUAACCCUUUAACCUCACAUUUGAGCUGAAACAAGUUUAACUGUCCCAGGUUAUAAUAAAGAACCAUGACUUUGUUUAUGCUGUCUUUUAUGAAUAAACAUUUCAACACUCAAAUGUCUCAG